AUGAAAGGUCACCAAACUUCGUGGGAGUCACAACCAUUGGUCAACAAUAAACCUGCAGGUAAUAUGAUGGUGGCUACAGCUAUUAUCCUGUCCGGUGAAACCUUCUCAAGAGUAUCUCACUUUGCCGAAAUACUUUCACUAAAGUUUAUUGGAUCAACCCAAUUUUACAGCUUACAGAAAGACGUCGCCAUCCCUGCCAUUGACCGCUAUUACACCAUGCAAAGAGACGUCAUUCUGCAACAACUACAUGGUAAACAUCUCAUCCUUGGUGGAGAUGGACGCUGUGACAGUCCGGGCUUUUCAGCAAAGUAUUGUACAUAUACGUUCAUGGACUCAGCCACCAGCUCAAUAAAGAAGAAGAUCUUAGCCAUAAAGCCAAAGAAGCUACUAAAUGAGGUUAAGCCAUGGAUCCCCUCCAUCUGUAAUCAUAUUUGGUACUGCUCCCGACAAGCCGAUGGUGAUCCUGAUAAACUUGAAGAGACAUGGAGAAGCCUGCUUUUUCACAUUUCCAAUAGGCACACAUUUCCUGGGAAGAUUGUAACACAAUGUGGACACCCCCCACUGAGCCCUGAUGAUAUAAGGAAAAAGAAAUGGUUGAACCAAGACAGCCAAGUAUAUGCUGCUUUAGAGAAGGUUGUCACAGACAAGCUUAUUCUGCGGGACAUACGUCAACUAGAUCUUUUUUGCCACACAGGAGCAUUGGAAACGUACCACUCCAUGAUGCUGAAAUACUGUCCCAAGCGAAUCGAGUUUGAAUAUGCAUCCAUGGUUGCCCAUUGA